AUGGAGGAAACAUCAUUGGAAGCCAAAUCGUUGCCGACAGUGGGGGAGACGAAGUGUCAUGAUGACGUGGAGGAGAUGGCAAGGACAGUUGACAAUGGGGGAAGGCAAAGGGUCACUGGCCGAUGGCCAAAGAAGGGACUUGCAGGAGGAUCAGGAAUUGAAGAUUGGUUAGAUUUCGCUUUCCCAAGAGUUGAAUUUGUCAUUGCUCUGGCUGGCCUGAUACUCUCUCCAGCAGUAAUUGGAGAAACUGCUUCCGGGAAAUUGAUAACAAGUGAAGCCAUAAACGGGAUUGGAGUAUUUGGGGCUUUUGGCUAUGCUGGCCUUCUCUUCUUUAGUGGAGUUAAAAUGGAUCCAGCCAUGGUGAUAACGGGACUUGCAGGAGGAUCAGGAAUUGAAGAUUGGUUAGAUUUCGCUUUCCCAAGAGUUGAAUUUGUCAUUGCUCUGGCUGGCCUGAUACUCUCUCCAGCAGUAAUUGGAGAAACUGCUUCCGGGAAAUUGAUAACAAGUGAAGCCAUAAACGGGAUUGGAGUAUUUGGGGCUUUUGGCUAUGCUGGCCUUCUCUUCUUUAGUGGAGUUAAAAUGGAUCCAGCCAUGGUGAUAACGGUGAGUAGAAGGGCCGUAUAUAUCGGAUUACUGGCCAUUGUACCGCCGGCAGUAUUUUCAGUAACAAUCCUACAGGUUUUCUGUCUUAGUGAAGAAGAAAGGGUUAAAGCUUUGGGGAUUUCAAUUGGUUAUGUUGCUUCUACGUAUCCAGUCAUAACUUGUAUGCUCAGUGAAUUGAAGAUCAUAAAUUCAGAACUAGGCAGAAUCGCACAGACUUCUGCAAUUGUUUCUGACGUUUUGUGCGUUCUUCUCUUCAUGAUUAUUAGCUUGUUCAGAGAAAAUGUUGACAAUGCUCUUAAGCAGCUUGCCAUUAUUAUCAUCUACACUUCAUUUGUCUUUUUGGUGAUUCGGCCUGCAAUCAAACACCUGAUUAAACGUAUCCCUAAAGGCAAACCUCUAGACAAUUUUUACUUGGGACUCUUCAUAUUUAUGUUUCUGGCAUCUAUAGUUAUGGCUAGGUGGGCUCCAAGGUUUAGGUACUUGGGGCCUUAUGUUCUUGGUCUGGCAAUUCCGGAUGGACCACCAGUGGGAUCUACUUUGGUUGAGAAGUUAGAAACUAUGAUAAAUCAUUUUUUUUUACCAAUGUUAUUUGCAACAGCAGGUAUGAGGGUCGAAAAAUUGUUCUUCAUUAUUCGAAAUCAUAUAUCAAUAAUUACUCUAUCAAACGCCGCCAUUGCUAUAAUUGUGAAAUUGGGGGCUUGCUUGCUGCCACCCCUGUACUUCAACAUGCCUUUAAAGGAUGCUUUCACAAUCGCCAUUAUAAUGUGUUCUAAAGGUGCUGUUGAGCUCGCCGGGUUCAUCUACGCGAAUGAUAAAAGGGUUAUAAAUGCAGAAUUCUACGCAAUGCUGUUUUAUUUCGUCUUGUUUAUGUCAAGCAUUGUGCCUAUGCUUGUGAAAAUCCUCUAUGAUCCUUCAAAAAAAUAUGCAGGCUACAAUAAAAGAAACCUCAUGGCUUUAAAGCUCCAUUCACCGCUGUCCAUAGUUACUUGCAUUCAUGUACCCGAUGAUGUGUGCGCGGUAAUCAACUUGUUGGAUGUGGCAUGGCCUUCUAAAGAUAACCCAAUGAGUGUUAAUGUUCUUCAUCUCAUGAAGCUUAGAGGACAAUCAACUCCAAUAUUUAUUUCCCAUGAUAAGACAAAAUCUCUUCGUGGCCCUUCCCAUUACGAGAAUAUCAUUGCUUAUUUUGAUAAAUUUGAAGGAAACAACUGGGGAGCUGCAUCUGUUAACGCCUUCACAGCAGUUUCUUCACCUGAUUUCAUGCAGGAAGAUGUAUGCACUCUCGCAUUGGACAAAACUGCAUCUCUGAUAAUCCUCCCAUUCCAUCGAAGAUGGUACAUUGAUGGAUCUGUAGAAUCAGAUGAUAAAUACAUAAGAACCUUAAAUUCCAGGGUCCUGGAAAUGUCUCCUUGUUCGGUAGGAAUCAUGAUUGACCGCGGCAGCAACAUAAACAUGCCGCUUCACGAUGAUCCAUUAUCAGAACUAGAAUACAAGGUAGCUGCCAUAUUUAUUGGUGGCCCCGAUGACCGUGAGGCCUUAACUUUCGCAAAACGGAUGGCGUUAAACACCAGGGUCAGCCUCACGGUGAUUCAUUUGGUUGCGGCCGGAAACGAGGAUGGGGACAACUGGGGGAAAAUGUUGGAUACUGUUAUAUUGAGGGAUGUCAAGAACAAUGGAUAUAUACAUUACAAAGAGAAGGUGGUAAGCGGUGGGCCUGAAUCCGCAACGAUGCUUCACGCUCUUGUGCAUGAAUUCAACCUGAUGAUUGUUGGGAGGAGAGUGGAUUUGGAGUCACAACAGACGUCAGGGCUCAAAGAAUGGAGUGAAUUCCCGGAGCUUGGAGCCCUGGGAGACCUCCUUGCAUCUGCAGAUUACAGUAGCAGAUGUUCAAUCUUGAUUGUUCAACAACAGCAGACAACUUAA